AAUUAUUUCCCUUGAUUGAUCUUUAAAAUGGCUGACGAAGCAGAAGAUUUGUCACAAGAAAAAACAGAGAAAUUAAUUCAAUAUCAGGACCUCACUGGAAUAGAAGACUUUGAACGAUGUAGAGCAACUCUGGAAAGACACAAUUGGGACAUUGAGAUAGCAGUGCAGGCCACUUUCAAUGAGCAAGAAGGCAACCCAAAUGUGUAUGACGAACCCCCACCCCCGGAACCCAGGGACCCACCGAUGAACCUCGAACCCAGCGAUCAGAGAGUAUUCACUGUUGAACCGCGAGCUCCUCAGGGCAUUGUGCAAUGGAGCUACUAUAUCAUCACCUUGCCAUUUAGAUUCCUCUACACCACCCUCUUAGAUAUCAUCAGAAUUGCUUUUCAAUUUUUACGACCAGAUCCCAGGAGAAAUGUAACAGACCCAUUGGGAGAUGUAACCAGGUUUAUCCAGUACUACAAUGAGAAAUAUGGUGCAGCACACCCUGUGUUUUACCAAGGAUCAUACAGUCAGGCACUGAAUGAUGCCAAGCAAGAGUUGCGGUUCCUGCUAGUGUACCUUCAUGGCAAAGAUCACCAAGAUUCAGACAGGUUUUGUCGUGAGACUCUGGGCAGUGAAGUUGUUACUAACUUUGUCAACCCUUCAAUGCUGUUUUGGGCCUGUGAUACUAAUAGCCCAGAGGGUUAUAGAGUGAGUCAAGCAUUAAGAGAAAACACAUACCCAUUCUUAGCACUGAUAGUCCUCCGUCAGAACAAAAUGACAGUUGUAGCAAGAAUCGAGGGACCUAUAGAGGCUCCAGACCUAGUGGGUCGUCUAGAGCAGCUCAUGUCUGAUAAUGAGUCAUCGCUGGUGGCGGCACGUGCAGACCGUGAAGAACGCAGCUUCAACCAGUCGCUACGGCAACAGCAAGAUGAGGCUUAUCUGGAGUCUCUUCAUGCAGACCAGGAGAAGGAGCGUCGUAGGAGAGAGGAGCGUGAGAGAGAGGAGGAGGAGGAGGAUAGGAAGAGGAAACUGAAGGACGACCAUCAUCAGAUGCUCCAGAAUCGUGAGCUACGGAAGGAUGAACUACGGCAGAAGAUCCCUGCUGAGCCGGCCUCUACGGACCCAGACUCUGUGAGAGUAGUGCUCAAACUGCCACAUGGAACACGCAUAGAACGAUGCUUUAGGAAAACAGACUCUCUCAAGUACCUGUACUAUUUCACAUUCUGCCAUGAAGAAUGUCCGGAUGAUUUCCAUAUAGUGACUAACUUUCCACGACAGACAUUGGCUUGUGAGCCCACAGAGGAAAACCCAGAACCUGAAACAUUUGAACAGUGUGGACUGGGCAAAAAUGAAAUGUUGUUUGUGCAGGACAACGAAGCUUGAGGCUUCUGGAAGACUUAGGAUGGACUUUAUUUCAUGUUAAGGGUUUCAGAUUGUAUGUACAAUACAUUUGGUGAAAAUGGGUCAAAGUAUUACCACAAAAUGUUGUUCUCGGCUUGUUGAAAAUCAUAUAUCUGAUUUCCUAAAGGAUAUUUUAAUGCCUAACUAUUGUAUGUAUAUUGAUAAUUUUACUUGGUAAAAAAACCCAGUUUGUAUUGACGAGCGUGGUGGCAAUUUCAUGAGGGAAUAGAUUUCAAUACUUUUUAGCCUGAGGUUUGUUUCAGUUAUGGAGAUAAAAGUUUUGGAUCCAGUUCUUUUAUAACUGUGGGCAUUUAAAAAUAGGUGCUUUAACUUGUAAUGUCACCAGUAUAGCUAUAGAUAUGCUCUCAUUUAAAGAAAUGGAAAAGAAAGAAGAAUGUUAUAAAUUGAAAGUGGGUAUGAGCAUCAGCUCAAUGUGCAUGUUGGUAGGCAGAGGGACAUAUCCACCAAGUCGUAGUCAGCACAAUGUAGUUAUAUUAUGUGAGUGAAUAUGCCAAGAAAAGACUAUGUAAAGAUCACCCCUGUACAGUCCAAAUUCCUCAUGAUUCAUGAGCAGAUAUUCGUGUACAAUGUCAUAACACAUGUACAAUGUCAUAACACGUGUACAAUGUCAUAUCACAUGUACAAUGUCAUAACAUGUGUACAAUGUCAUAACACAUAACAUGUGUACAAUGUCAUAACAUGUGUACAAAUGCCAUAGCAUGUGUACAAUGUCAUAAUGCAUGUACAAUGUCAUAAAUGUGUACAAUGUCAUAACAUGUGUACAAUGUCAUAAUCUUUAUAUUAAAGAAGGACUAACAAAUAUAUAAUUAUAUAUGCUGCCAUCCUUCAGAGCAUAAGUCAGAGCUCAGCAUAUUUAUGCCCCCUUUUGAAAAAAGUGGGGUAUAUUGUUUUGCACAUGUCGGUCGGUCGGUCGGUCGGUCUGUCUGUCUGUCGGUCGGUCGGUCGGAAUACCAAAUGGUUUCCGAUCAAUAACUUGAGAACGCUUUGACCGAGGGACCUCAUACUUGGUAUGUGUAUUGGUCAUCACCAGCAGAUGAACCCUAUUGAUUUUGAGGUCAGUGGGUCAAAGGUCAAGGUCAGUGUGACCUUUACAUGAAAAACGGUUUCCGAUCAAUAACUUGAGAACGCUUUGACCCAGGAACCUCAUACUUGGUAGGUGUAUUGGUCAUGACCAGCAGAUGAACCCUAUUGAUUUUGAGGUCAGUGGGUCAAAGGUCAAGGUCAGUGUGACCUUAACAUGAAAAACGGUUUCCGAUCAAUAACUUGAGAACGCUUUGACCCAGGGACCUCAUACUAGGUAGGCUUAUUGGUCAUGACCAGCAGAUGAACCCUAUUGAUUUUGAGGUCAGUGGGUCAAAGGUCAAGGUCAGUGUGACCUUUACAUGAAAAACGGUUUCCGAUCAAUAACUUGAGAACGCUUUGACCCAGGAACCUCAUACUUGGUAGGUGUAUUGGUCAUGACCAGCAGAUGAACCCUAUUGAUUUUGAGGUCAAAGGUCAAGGUCAGUGUGACCUUAACAUGAAAAACGGUUUCCGAUCAAUAACUUGAGAACGCUUUGACCCAGGGACCUCAUACUAGGUAGGCUUAUUGGUCAUGACCAGCAGAUGAACCCUAUUGAUUUUGAGGUCAGUGGGUCAAAGGUCAAGGUCAGUGUGACUGUAAGCUGAAAAAAGGUUUUCUGAUUGUCCAUAUUUUAUUUUCUUAUAUAGUAGACAGUAGAAAUUUAUAUGUCACUAAAUGCAUGAGUUGAAGUAUCAGUUUUCAGUGAACAUCUAGUUUAAUUAUGCCCCCCUUCGAAGCAGAGGGGUUAUAUAAUUGCUUUGCACAUGUCGGUCGGUCUGUUGGAAGACCAAAGCUUGUCCGAGUGAUAACUCAACAAUUCCCGGACCUAUGGUCAUCAAACUUGACAUGAAGAUUAGGUAUGACCAGUAGAUGACCUGCCUCAUAUGCAUCCAAUGACAAAUCAGCUGUCAUUUCAGUCCAUGCAUAUUUCAUUCAAUUGUCCAAAUAUUUCUGGCAACUUGGCGCUCAGGGGGCAUAAUGUUUGACAAACAUCUCUUGUUCAUUAUUGUUUUCAUCAUUUGAAAAUUCAUUGAAUCCUCAAUAAGAUAAAGAUGAUACUUUGCAUUGGAACAGAGGUUCUGUACUUCUAAUGCAGAACUAGAUUAUUGAGUAUUUGAUUGUUCACAUUGAAUAUUUAUAACAGUUACUUCAGUCAUGUACGGUAGCUCUUUAUUUUUAAAGCAAUUCAAUAAAUGAUAUACAGUA